UCUAAAAAAAAUUGCAAAUACAUAUUUUUUAUUUUUUUGAAAAAAUUAUCUUUCACAAUUUCUUUAUAAAAUGACCAAAAUACCUCUAAAAUCUUUAAAAAUAAUAAUUCAAACCAACCCCAUCUAACCAAAUCUAAACUCACUCACUCAACCAACCAAAAUAACCUAAUCAAACCAUCCACCAAAUCAAAAAUAAUUUAAUCAAAUCUAAAUUCAACACUCACUCACCCAAAAAUUUAAGAGGUUUAGUAAUACUUUUUAAAGUUUAGAAGGCUUUAUGAUGAGACUUCUUAAGUUGGUUAAUUAUUAGCCAAAAGAAUCAGCAUAAUCUUACAAAAAUUAAAAACUACCGUAUUAGCUACUUCUGGAAAAAUCCCAUUAAUAGCUUUUUCGACACUCUGCCUUAAAAAUAUAAUCUGAAUGACCAUUUUAGCCAUUUUCUACUUAAUUUCGUAGCAUCCUGCAACGCAAUCGGUAUGCAUCAAAGAAAAUGAAUGGCAACGAGGACAAAAUCGAAACCAGCGACGCCAGAAGCAGCGGUUCACCAUCGUCAUCAUGGUCCGAUCUAACUCACGAGUGCUUAAUCAACAUCCUCUCUCGACUCACCUUGGAGCAGCGAUGGCUAGGUCCUAUGCUAGUUUGCAAAUCGUGGCUCAACGCUUCCAAAGAUUCUUCACUCCACUCCAUUUUUAAUCUCCAAACUCACUUCGUCUCGUUACCCGAGUCAUCUAGCUGGUGGACCCCACAGUUUGAGAGCAAAAUCGAUUCCGUUCUCCGCUCCGUCGUCGUUUGGAGCGAUGGCUCCCUCACUGACAUCCGUACCCGACACUGCUCUGAUUUUUCCCUCAAUUUGGUCGCCCAAAGGUGCCCAAACCUUGAGGUUCUUUGGCUCGAGAGCAGUCCGAAUGCUACUGAUGCAUCAAUGCUUCAGAUUGCGUUUAAGUGCGGAAAGCUUCGUGAGCUUGACAUCAGUUAUUGCUAUGAAAUAUCUCAUGAGUCUCUUGUAAUGAUAGGAAGGAAUUGUCCCAAUCUUAAGGUUCUUAAACGGAAUUUUAUGAAUUGGUUAGAUCCUUCCCAACAUGUGGGAAUUGUUCCCAAUGAGUAUUUAAAUGCCUGUCCUCAAGAUGGGGAUUCAGAGGCGGAUGCUAUUGCUAAAUUCAUGCCUCAUUUGGUGCAUCUUGAGCUGAGGUUCUCUAAACUAACUGCAAGAGGACUUGCAUUGAUUUGUGAAGGGUGUUUGAAUCUUGAGUACUUGGAUCUAUCUGGGUGUGCAAAUUUGAGGAAUCGGGAUAUUGCUAAUGCUACGUCGAGUUUGAAGAAAUUGAAGGAUUUUAAAAAGUCUAAUUUUUAUAUCCCCACGUCUGGUUUUCACACUGAAAGGUAUGGUCAUUGGAGGCUGUAUGAUGAGCGUUUCCAGACAGACGCUUUCCGUCUUUGAUCAGGUGUUUGUCAUUUGAUCUUUGUGUACGAAAUAAAGAACUUUUAUUUCUUUGCUGAUUUUCGGCGCUCUUAUUAUAUUACUAUUUGUGAUUGAUGUCUUUCAUAUCUGGCAGCUUGUGUCAUGCUGCUUAUGUGACUUUUGUGUUAUCCGUUGCACAAAUCUAUCAUUAAGUCUGUAAAUUUAUCAUGUACUUCCUAUUCUUACUUUGAAUGACUGUAUUAACUUGUGUAA